AUGUCGUCCACUAACCAGGUCAUCGUCGUCGGAGGCGGUCUCGCCGGUUUCUCUGCCGCUAACACGGUAUUGGAGAACGGUGGUAACGUUCUUUUGAUCGAUAAAUCUGCCUUUUGCGGUGGUAAUUCUUCCAAGGCUACCUCUGGUAUCAACGGUUCUUGCACUAGAACUCAGAAGAAGCUCGGUGUUGAGGAUUCCAACGAGCUCUUCGAGUCUGAUUGCAUGAAGGGUGGCUCCAAGAGCCCCGAGCUCAUCAAGACUAUGGUCGAGCAUUCUGGUAACUCGGUCAACUGGUUGAUGGACAACUUCGAUCUCGAUUUGUCCCUCCUCGCUCGUUUGGGUGGCCACUCUGCCGAGCGUACCCAUCGUGGCAAGGAGCGUUUCCCCGGUAUGACUAUCACUUACGCCCAGAUUCAGAUGGCGGAGGCUAUUUCCAAGGCCCAGCCCAGCAGAUGCCAAAUCAUCAACAAGGCUCGCGCCACUGACCUCAUCAAGAAUGAGAAGGGUGAGGUUGUUGGUGUCGAGUACACCACUAAGGAUGGCCAGACCCAUAAGGUCUAUGGCCCUGUUAUCCUCGCUACUGGUGGUUUCGGUGCUGAUUUCUCCAAGGACGGUCUUCUCGCCAAGUACCGCCCCGAUCUCCUCAAGCUCUCUACCACCAAUGGUGAGCACUGCACUGGUGAUGGAAUCAAGAUGGGUAUGGCCGCCGGUGCCGACACUGUCGAUCUCGAGUGGGUACAGGUCCAUCCUACUGGUCCUUGUAACCCUAAAGAUCCCGACUGCAAGGUCAAGUUCCUCGCUGCUGAGGCUCUCCGUGGUGUUGGUGGUCUUCUUCUCGAUGCCGAUGGGAAGCGUUUCUCCAAUGAGCUUGGCCGUCGUGAUUACGUCUCCAACAGGAUGUUCGCCAACAAGGGACCUUUCCGCCUCGUCCUCAACUCUGCCGCUGCCAACGAUAUUCACUGGCAUGUCGAGCAUUACGAGGGCCGUGGUGUUAUGAAGCACUUCAAGAGUGGUUAUGAUCUCGCUAAGGAGAUGGGUAUCGCCCCCUCCACUCUCGAGCAGACCUUCAAGAGCUACAUUGAGGUUGGUGACAAGCAGACUGCCGAUCCUGACAAUGGUCCCUAUGAUGCCUACCCGUCUGGAAAGACUUGGGAUGAGUGGGGAAAGAAGUUCUUCAAGAACUACAACUACAAGAUGGAUGACGAGUUCGAUGUUGCCAUCGUCACUCCUCUCGUUCACUACUGCAUGGGUGGUUUGAAGAUCGAUACUACCGGUCAUGUUCUCGACAAGGAGGGUAAGCCCAUCCGCGGCCUCUAUGCCGCCGGUGAGCUCAUGGGAGGUGUUCACGGCAACAACCGUUUGGGUGGUAACUCUCUACUAGACUGUGUCGUCUUUGGCCGUCUCACUGGCAAGGAUCUCUGUGAAAAUGUUCUUGGUCUCAGCCAAAAGUUGAGUUUGAAGGACUUGAAGGUUGCUCCUGCUACGCAGAAGGCCGCUCCUGUUGCGCAGAAGGCUGCUCCCGCUCCGGCUGCCGCCCCCGCUGCUCCCGUCUCUAACGGUUACACUUUGGAGGAGGUUGCCAAGCACAACACCGAGAGUGAUUGCUGGGUUGUUCUCAACGGCAAGGUUCUUGAUGUUACUGAGUUCCUUCCCGAGCAUCCUGGUGGAAAGCUUGCUAUCAUGACUUUCGCCGGCAAGGACGCUUCCAAGGAGUUCAACAUGAUCCAUCCUGCUGAUGUUGUUCAGAAGUACGUCCCUGAUUCCAUCCUUGGACCUGUUGUCGAGGCCUCUGCUGCGUCGGCCCCUGCCGCUGCAACUCCUGUCGCCGCCGCCGCUGCUGCUCCCGCUGCUGCUACCAAUGGUUACACUUUGGAAGAGGUUGCCAAGCACAACACUGAGAGUGAUUGCUGGGUUGUUCUCAACGGACAGGUUCUGGACGUGACUGAUUUCCUUCCCGAGCAUCCUGGUGGAAAGCUCGCUAUCAUGACUUUCGCCGGCAAGGACGCUUCAAAGGAGUUCAACAUGAUCCAUCCCGCUGAUGUUGUCGAGAAGUAUGUGCCCGAGUCUAUUCUCGGACCUGUUGUUGAAGCCUCUGCUGCUGCUGCCGUCGCCGCCGCUCCGGUCGCCCCUGCUGCUACUCCCGCCAACGGCAUCACUAUGGAGGAGGUCGCCAAGCAUACCAGCGAGACUGACUGUUGGGUGGUUGUCAACGGCCAGGUUCUGGAUGUCACCAACUUCCUUCCUGAGCAUCCCGGUGGAAAGCUAGCUAUCAUGACUUUUGCCGGUAAAGACGCCUCCAAGGAGUUCAACAUGAUCCAUCCAGCUGAUGUUAUCGAGAAGUACGCCUCUGAUGCCGUCCUCGGACCUGUGGUUGAGGCUUCGGCUGUUGCCCCUGCUGGUGCCUCCAACAACUUGGCUCAGCCUCUUCUCAGUGACUAUUCUGCCAAGGCUGUUCCUGCCCAAUGGUGGGGUGAGGAGCGCAACACCUGUGAUUUGCAUGGCCCUCUUGGACCCUCUGUUUGGUCGUACUGUGCUGCUCUCUGCUACUUCAUCUGGAUGUUUGUGAUCGAGACUUUGAAGACCAUCUUCACUAUCAAGAACUGGAAGAACAUUUCCGAUAAGUCUGGAUUGACUCGUUCUGCUAUCUUCAUGAUGGUCUUCGUCACGAUCCAUGCUUUGGGUAACAUCCAUUUAUUCUUCGGAGCUAUCCACUUCAAUGCUUACGCCUACUUCCUCAACCACCCUUGCCCCUGGAGCACUCUUCUCCUCCCUGUGGAGAUCUAUCUUCUUGCCUGUGGUCUCUUGCAUGUUACUGUCGCUACCGUCCGUACGUUCAAGUUCAAGAGUAUGAACAGCAGCAUCGAUCAGCUUUGGUUGUUCUUGACUGGCUGCGUUCUCUUCGUGUUCCUGGUUGUCCAUCUCAUCCAGUUCCGCUUCGUUAGCGAAGCCGCGGCUCCUCAGUACUACUUCCGCACCAAGUGGAUGUAUCCCUUCUACUGCAGCGGUGACGAUACCUCUUGCGAGCUUGUCCACUUCAAGGAUCUUUACAAGAUGGAGAUGAAGUACUUCGAGAGCUUCGGAUGGGUUCUCUUCUAUGAGGCCGGCGUUAUCGCCUUCUGGUCUCAUAUGAAGGAGGGUAUCCGCAAGGUCAUCGCUGCCUACGCGGGCAUUCCUCGCAAGUACAAGUCUCAGGCUCAGUUCUUCGGUCAGCUCAUGGCCUGGGUACUUGGUCUCCUCUACUUCUCCUACCCCUUGUUCAGCUACUUCGCUCCCAUCAAGGAUUGGGCCAAGUACGAUGCUGCUAUGCCCACUCCCGUGGAGAUGUAA